AUGGAUCGAAUCGUCUUGCUAGUGGCCUUAACCAUUUGUUGGUUUUGUUUUAAUACGGAUGAGCUUCGCAAAAGAGUGGAGGAAGCAGAGGCUCAAUUGCGAGAAGAAGCCAAGAUCAUUGAACGAAUGACUCGCGACAAUAAGAGCAAGCAGGACCAAAUCAACGCGAUGGAGAAUCUGCUACAACGAGAAGCUGAAAAACACCAGGAAAUGUUAAGAUUACUGGAAGAUGAGCAUGCGACACAGAAACAACAAGCUGGGCACGAGAUUGAGGUAUUGCGUCGUCAGGUUUGCCAAUUGGAGCUGCAUGUGGAGGCGUACGACGUGCUGGAAGCAGCAAAUGGCAAGCUACGCGAUCGUGUAGAAGAACUGAUGCAGGAGAUGGAGCAGGAAAACAAGACUCACGCUGAAGAAAUCCACAAAGUGCGUCUGGACAUGUUUAACCACAAGAUGGCACUUGAAAAGACAUUUCGGAAAGCGCUUCAAGAGCUCGAUGCUGAUUACCUCAAGAAAGCCUUUAACGCUAUGUCGGAAGAAAGCAAGAAUGCUUUAGUAGCUAAUGCUAAACUGAAGGACGAGUUACAGCUGCAAAGCAUCGGUGUUGACAACCUAAUGCACCGAUUUACACAGCAGGCAAAGCACUUCCAGAGAAUGAAAGUAGAGAAUGAAAUAUUGGAGCAGGAGAGCCACCUUCGCUUGCAAGAAGUGGCCACAAUGAAGAAAAUGCAUCUUACCGCUGCACGAACGAUUGACAAACUCAAGGAAGACGUGCAUAAAGAGGAGCAUGAGUGGAAGGAGCACACAAACAAAGUGAUUGAAGAUCUUCGCCACGACAAUCAACAUCUGCAAAAACUACACGAGCUUACGCAGAAACGUUGCAAUAAAUGGAAGUCAAGAUGCAUGGAGCUCACAGAGAGGGAGGCUACACGACGUAUGGACGAGCAACGUGCCAAGACUGCACCAACGGCAGUCACAGCGCUAUCAUCGAUGAUCCGAGUGCAAAGCCAACCUGCAUUUUCUCCGCAUGCGACGCCAACCAUGAGCUUCACCGCCCGUGACAAGGGCCCUACUAUCAACUACGAUGAAAUGUGGAGCCACAGUUUUGCUCUUCGGACAAACCAGCAAAGCGAACUACCUUUCGGAUUUGUCGACAAGAUUGCCAAAAAGAAGAAAAAGCAAGUCAAAGGUGCCCUGCAGCAAACCGAAGGUGAGACUGGUGUAGCACCAGGUUCUGAAGAAUCGAUCGAGCAGCUGAACCGAAUAGCCAACUCGGAGUUGGACAUGGUCUCUACUAGAGCUACUUCGAGUCAGACAGCCAGAAGAAAAACUCAUCGUCUUGCCCAGACCAUCAUACCCCGCAAAGGACAGAGUGUCGACGCGUUUAAUUUCGCCAGCUAA